AGUCAGGUAACGCACAGAAGGAUGGACGUACAUUCAUUUUGCAUUUUUGAGAUCUAAGAGACAUUUUACCAUUUUAUGCCUUUGGAUAUUCAAAUGGAUUUCUAAGCUAAAGGAGAACAAGUUGUUCAACAGUCAUCACAAGUUCUAACCAUGCAGAACGAGACGGGUAACCCCGUCGGGAUACUACCCACGGCCGGUAACUCCAUUCUAUACCAAACCACACGCCGUUACACAACGGUCUAUAUUCCCACCGAGUUCGAGCUUUCUCCAAAGCUAAGUAACGCUAUUGUUCCGUGCAUCAUUGUUUCAUUAUUCAUCGGUUUGAUUGCCAACAUAUUGGCUGUUUUUAUAACUUACUCGUGCGCUAAAGAAAACAACGAACACCGACCUACCAUCCCGGCUAUUUUAACCAGAGCUCUGCUUGCUACGGAUUUAAGCGCAACUGUGUUUUUCCUCCUUCGUGGGAUGUUCUUGCCUGUUUACAACAAAACAUUGAUUCAGUGCGACUUGGACUUGGCUAGUAACUUAAUUUUUUCGUGGGUAUCUGGUCUUAUCAACAUGCUGAUGAGCUGCGAUAGAUGCCUGGCGCUGGGCACCCCGUUUUUCUACCACACUCACGCAACACGGAGAAAAACUUACAUCGCGCUUGCGAUCUCCGUUCUCAUAGCGACGCUUAUAAGUUGCCUUCCCGUUAUGGGAUUCGGGGCGUAUAAAGUGUACAUCCACGGUGAGUUUUACUGCUUGGCACCUGGGGAUCUACGGGCCAAAGCUACGGUCUACGACUUUCACUUCAACGUGCUUUUCUUCAUUCUCGGACUUGGAGUUAUUGUUAUCAUCUACGCCUCAAAUGCCGUUGUGUUGUUUCACUUGUUGAAGUUGAAGAAACGUCUUGUUGUUGUCAUAGACUAUGACCGGACAAAACCCGUCAACUCAAACUGCGAGGAUGGGGAUGUAGCUUUAAACAUGUCCGUCGACGCCUUUAGAAGUGCCUCAAGAAAUGACCCCGUCCAGUUCUCACCCCACCUUGCUCAUGCUGAGGUGUCGAACAUGCAGCAUGAGUUAGCCAAAGUAGACAAUGUGAGUACAAUUGACUUAAACGAUGGUAGAGAUAAUUCGCGGCCCGUUGUUCGACACCGUGUGAAAUCUUCGACACAUAGACCGACAAACUCGGGCAAGACUGAGAUGAGAUUCGGAGCGAUGAUUCUUGUUUUCUCGUUGGUGUUCAGCCUCUCAUGGUUACCGUUUUAUAUCCAGCGAUUGAUGAAGGCAUUUUCAAGCUCCACGUCAAAUGUGGUUCUUGUCAUCGUCAUCUACCUCCUCAUCUUCAAUCACGUGAUCGACCCCUUUGUCUACGUCCUCAUGAAGCGACAGUAUCGUCAGAAGCUGUUCAAACUCAGCCGUAGGUGGCGUUUCCUGCUAUGCCGUUGCUGCGGUCGUGGUAACAAGGCUUGUGUGGGUGACGUCAGAAGCGUAUCGAGUGCGGUUGAUGGGAACGAACUAGGAACCACAUUGACGUUCGCCACAGAGUCCGGUCAGUGGAACCAUCAGAAGCCAUCCAAAACCCCGCACAUCCAUGUCACAGCAGCUAGUCCCAGCCUUGCUAGUGAGUACAGUCACCAGGAUGAACACCACGUCGAUGCUAAUAGAGCAGACGCAAAUGCAUCUUCAACAUUUCGAUAUCCAAACCCGGGCAAAUCCCCCACCACCCUGGGGACCUGUUGA